UCUGAGCUCGUUCCUCUCUGGACUCUUGGGAAUAAACAGCUGCAUCAGAGGAGUUCAACUACAGGGGCAGAACAUGUUUGUCACUAUUCUGUUUGGAGACAGCAGGAUGGAAAUGUUCAAUCUGAACUGUAAGCUGAUACACUUCAUACGCCAUGUAAAGGAGAGGUGUGGUCUGGACUUAAAAGAGUGUGUGGACCUGAUGGACAGCAGUGGUUCACUGAUGAACUUAGAGGACAAGCAGCACAGUGUGGCUCAGGCCAGCAGCAUGUUGGUCCAGAGACAAUACUACGUCCUCCUACACGUCUGCCGAGAUGAAGAUACUGGAGGUCGGAAAUAUGUGUCUCUCUUGAACAACUACAGCCAGAGUCAUCCUGAGUUAACAGAGUUGUUGAGGAAACUAACAAACCCCAACACGGAGCGCGACAGACAGAUCAGAGGACGGACACAGAGGAGAUGUCCUGUCAAUCAAACCAGGAGCAAGAACAUCUCUGCGAAUAACAAGAGCCACAGAAUGAAAUAAUCUCUACACACUUUUCUGUCUGAUUUCUGUCUGACACUUUUCUAUCGAGGACCUGACAGAAAACCUGACUCAUCAUGCAUCCACUGAAUGACUCAUCAGAAAUAGAAAUUUGGCAGAGAGGCCUGUGUUCCCUUGCUACUAACUGACUGAGUCGUUCUGUAUUAAAAUAUAAGUGGAAAGUCUAUUUAACAGUAUAGAAAGUAAUAAUUCUUAGAAAAAUAAUCGAGCCAAGUUUAUUUUAGCUUAUUUGUGUAUAUCCCAGAAACCUUUGAGCAACCUGAUGGUGGAUGUUGUGAGGAAAGCCCUGCAUAGAUAAAUAGAUAUGUGACUUUCAACUCAAUAGCAGCAGCAUCUGUAUCCAGAUGUGGAUCAGGUAGAAGAACAACAGGGUGAACAUUACAUAUUGUUAUAUUAAAGAGUAGCAGGAGGAAUAUUCAAAAUAUGUUAGCUGAUUGUGACAAUAUAACCAUAGAAAAUAAUAAUAAAAUCAGAGUAAAUCAAAAUGAAUUGUUCUCAGAAUGAAAAAUACCAUGACAUCAUAGAUUUACUGGCAGAAUGCUUUUGGCUUGUUAGCUUUGUUAACGACGGACUACUGAUGCCACAUUUGCUGUGUGUCUGUUUGCCUGAGCACCUGAAGUGUCAUGUUUGUAUGUGUUGUUUGUGAUUUCCUCACCAGACAUUUAACUAUGAAUCUAAAUCCGAACUGUCUUAGUUUUCAGUGUGAGACGUGACCAGGAUCAGUGGGAUUCACUGAUCCUGCUUCUGUCGUUAUGAUAUGUUGGA